AUGGCCCUGCAAGCUUACUGUCCGUUGAUGGAAUAUAGCGACCGCAGACGCUUUUUGAAUCUGGUAUAUCUCCAGAUCCCUGCCGGACUUCUUCCCUCCAUGGUCUCCUUUCCCAACAAUGCCCAACCACGGAAUCAACAGGCGGAAUGGCUGACUUGGGUCGGCAUGAUGAUGCUUGCAAGCUCCCACACCAAGGAUCUCACAUGGUCAUGGGGCAUGAAGAUUCCGGUGCCCGUGGGACCCCCGGCGCGACAAAAGCCAUUCCUAUACCCGCACCACACCCCGGAGAGCAUUUUCACGCAUACUUCCGUGCGUUUUACGUCACUCCCGUCAUGGCACGACGUCUUAUACACGUCCCACGUACCAAUUCGCCGAAAUCUCCACCGGUGCCCGGGGGAACCCCAGCGUGGCAAAACCCACUCCCACGUCCGCACUACGCCCCGGAGCGCAAUAUUUCGUAUGGUUCUAUACGUUUUGCGGCACGUCGGUCACGAUAGCGCUAUUCCGGAGUCGAAAUUCGGUAGUUGA